UGUUUAAGUUUUUAUUUCAAAAGAUCACUUUAUGAAAGAAAGUUGCGUUGUUUUUUUAAUUACAUAUUGAUAGAUAAAUAAUCGCAUACAAUUUUAUUUCUCACUUGAGGAAGGCUAUUAGACUGUGAUAAGUUCGCGAUAUAUCAUCGUUCAGUCUCUAGAUUUAUAUCGUCUCAAUCUACGUAGGAAUCUUUGGAAUUUCUUAAAAUAAUAGCUUGGAUUCGAGACGGGGCGACAGUUAUCAUCAAUGAACGAGCUUUCAGUAAAGCGCGCGAUCAUAAUCCGCACUCACGUGCAGCUAGUUAAUAAAUGGAUACCGAAGUUGUCUUCAGGCGAAAGAAUAAAAAAAAGGUUUACCGGCAAGGCAGUUCGCGAUGGUGCGUGGGAAUGAGUCAACUGCCUGAAGAUUCAGAUGAUGAUGUAGAAGCCGCGUACAUUUCUAGUGAUGAGUCCGCUCAUGCUGUGGACCUCGCUGAAAGAUUACGAGUAAAACCCUCGAGGGAUAUCUGGGAAUUGGAUGAAAUCAACUUUUCCUUGGAUAAUUUACCACAUGCUGAAGAAAUUGUUGUUUUGAUAGAUACUGGACAGUAUGACCAUGUUAUAUCUUUCGCAACCCAAACUGAGAGAGGUAUAGGUGUUGUGACUGCAGCAUUAUGGGCAUGCUGGCAGGGAAGGAGCUCAUUGUUAGAUAAAUUGUUAAGGUUAGGAGUAGACCCAAACUCUUCGGACGACGCUGGCAGGACUUGUUUACAUUUUAGCUGUUUAGUUGGAAGUGAAGAAUGUGUCAAAUUAUUAUUAUACUACAAAGCGGAUCCGAACAGGUGGGAUACGUCAAGCGAAAGAAGGGCAACACCUUUGCACUGUGCCGCGAGUGCUAAAUCAUUGGCUUGCGUAAAGGUGUUGCUAAAUCAUGGCGCUGACGUGAAUGCUGGUCUGUCGGAGCGGUCUCCAUUGCACUAUGCUGUGCUGAGUGACGCAGCGGAAGUCGUGCGGGUAUUGUUGGAAGCGGGCGCUUGCCCCGAUACGCCACAGGUGUUCACUGAAACUCCGCUGCAUGUUGCAGCGUCUUUAGGUUCAGCGGCAUGCACAAAGCUCUUAUUAGAAGCUGGAGCAGACGUUCGGGCUGCCCUUGGUCCCGGGAAGGCAACUGCGUUACAUCUUGCUGCAGAAGAUGGUCACGCGGAGUGUACUCGCUUGCUGCUUGAACACGGCGCUCGUAUUGACUGGCCUAAUUUUAGAGGACAAACGCCACUUCAUCUUGCGGCUUUGGCUCAAUCAGUCGAAGUUGUGGAGUUACUAGUGUCCAGGCGAGCGAACGUGAAAGCCAGGGACAGCGAUGGUCGCACCCCGCUGCAUGGUGCCAUCGUGAGAGGGGCUCGAGCGUGUGAUGUGGCCAGGAUGCUUUUGUCAGUUGGUGCCGACCCGAAUGCACCUGACAACUUUGGCUAUACCCCCUUGCAUAUAGCUGCUCUAAAUGAAUUUUCAGCCUGUGUGCUAUUGUUGCUCGAUUACGGAGGUGAUGUGACAUUACGCACAAAUGGCGGGGUGUCUGCGCUUUCAUUUAUUGUGCGGCGUGUGCCAGACGUGAUCCCUCGUUAUCUGAGCAAGUUGGAUGACGCGGUGCACGUGAGCGAACAUGAAUUGGGAGAUGUAGACUGCGAGCUAACUGUUGACUUUAGGCCGCUGGUACCAUGUAUUUCGAGAGGAGAAGCUGAGCUGCUUUUAGCGUUCGUAGAGGUCGGGCGCAAGGACGUAUUGAAACAUCCAGUUGCUGAAACAUUUCUAUUCCUGAAGUGGCGUCGUAUACGAAAAUUUUUCGUAUUAAGCUUUAUAUAUCAUGCGUUAUUCAUAUCGUUAUACAGUAUUUACAUUCUACAGAUAUAUCUUUGUGAAGACGUGACAUGUGACGUACCUACAUAUGUACGGCCUAUUCAGUAUCUCAUUAUUAUAUUAAAUUUAUGUUUUAUGUGCAAGGAAGUCUUUCAAGCGUGCCUAGAUUGGUCGUCUUAUAUAAGGCAAUGGGAAAAUUGGUUACAGUGUUUGAUAAUUCUUGGAGUAUUUUUAUGCACAAUUCCAUGGGAUAUUGAAAAUGGUGUGGUAAUUAAAGGGAAUACAUCGAACUGGCAACAUGACAUUGCAGCUGUUACGAUAUUUUUUUGUUGGCUUGAAUUAAUGAUGAUUAUCGGCAGGUUUCCAACAUUUGGAUUGUAUGUACAAAUGUUCACAACAGUGACGGUAAAUUUUGCAACGUUCCUUCUUGCUUACAGCUGUCUCUUGAUAGCAUUUGGCCUGGCAUUUAGUGUACUAUUCAGUAAUUACCCAGCAUUUCACUUGCCCGCCGGAUUUGUGAAAACAGUUAUGAUGAUGUCGGGAGAACUUGAAUACGAAGACAUUUUUUACAACAACGGUGACUCACAGAUCCAAUACCCUUUGACAGCUCAUGGGAUGUUCCUGAUUUUUGUUCUACUUGUGACCGUGAUAUUGACGAAUCUAUUAGUUGGUUUGGCAGUCAGCGAUAUCCAGGCUCUUCAAGAGAGUGCUGGGCUAGAUCGCUUAGUACGACAGACACAACUGGUAGCACAUCUCGAGAGUAUGCUGUUUAGUUCGAUGAUAUCUUGUGCGCCUCGGCAGCUGUUAGCAGUACUUCGAUGGGGCGCUUUAUUGACUGCUAGUCACACACGAACUUUAAACAUUAGGCCAAAUGAUCCCAGAGAAAGUAGGAUUCCAAAAGAUUUAAUAGCAUCUAUUUAUAAAAUGGUUGCAAGUAAGAAGGUUACAAAGCGAAGUGUUAGGAGAAACAAUAACUAUGAAUGCCAAAUCGGAAAAUGUAAAGAAGAAGAGAAUAUUCAACAACAAGUUAAAAGGAAAAGCUACCUCUUUGACAGAUUCUCAAAUGAAGGCCAACAAAUUGAAAGGAGAAAGAGAACCACUAGUUCCAUGGAAAAUAGAAACAGGCCUGUAUCUUUGACUAUAAGUGGCAUACAAGAAAUAUGUAUGGUUGACAUUAAAAGUCAGCUAUCAGAGCUCUCAAAGAAAGUUGCAAAAUUAACUGACGCUAUUGAAGCAAGGUUGAAAGUACUUGAAAAUAAAUAAUAUGAUAUACAACCACCAUGAUAACUUUUCUACAUAUGUGGAAAACAACAUAAAACAGGGAUUGAUAUUAAGUCUCAAUAUUUUUUAUAUAUUAAUUUACUAUCUUGCUAUUCUAGCCUUAUUAUAAGUGUAGCUAAAGCAAGUAUGUGUAUUUAUUUUUGGAUAUUAAAAAUGUUAUUUUAUUAAACAGUUUUUACUUACCAAUAGUUCACAAGCAUAAACAUC